AGAAGCAAUGAUUCCGAUUCAUCUUGGCAUCUGAUUUUAUUCUAAUGGGUUAAAUUGGGUUCACUUUUACAAUUAUCCCAGGUUUGACUGCGUAGUAUUGCAUGACAACUCACAGUUUCAUCGUGUUUGGCAAAGCGAGGUUGCUCCAUGAAUCCAUAUAUCAUAUCACAUCAGAUCAGGCUGAAGUUUGCUGUUUAGCGACUCCAUUUGAGAGGCUUUUUAUGAAAGUGGGAAGGGUUGAUGCAGUCCAUGGCUGGUUCAGUGCGAUUUGAAAAAAAAAUGUGGAGAGACGGCAACAACCCGGGGUUUGCUGCUCAGCUGUGAAUAAGCACACAACGAAAAAAACGACAUGAUGGGGAAAGGCUCAGCUCGCUACAAUAUUUUUAACAGCCUCUCAGUCCUCGCCUUUUUUUAAUUUCCUAAUAUGUUCUUUGCUUUAUUAGUUUUAUUUACAACCAGCUCCCCAUUAACACCUCACCUGAUUACUGAGGAGCUGAGACAGCUAAUCAAGGAAAUCCAGCAAACCAGCCAAAAGGAGAGGGAUCCUCUGCUAGGAGCAAGGAACAACCUCCAUCUACUGGCUAGAUCAUUGCGUCUCUUCUCCAUUCAAAACCCAUCCCUCAUCACUCAUUAAGGAGGGUACAAUUUUGGAAGAAGCUUCUAAGGUCUCAAGGAAGCCCUCAGUGCUUGCGCAAAUAGAAGCUCCUAUUGCAACCUCCUUCCCUGCGCUGUGCACCUCGGUGUAAACAUUUUGGAUGAUCUAAAGACUCUGGGGUCUGUAUAUGGAAAUAGUGGGGUGCAGAGCAGAAGAAAAUACUUGUCCUUUCCGUCCCCCAGCCAUGCUUUUCCACGGGAUCUCCGGAGGCCACAUCCAAGGAAUCAUGGAGGAGAUGGAGAGGCGAUCCAAGACCGAGUCCCGCCUGGCCAAAGGGGGACAGAUGAAUGGCCGAGACACGAACAUGCCCCCCAUGAGCCCCGAGAAGCCUGCUUUGUGUGCUGGUUGUGGAGGGAAGAUCUCAGACAGAUAUUACCUGCUGGCUGUUGACAAACAAUGGCACCUCAGGUGUCUUAAGUGCUGUGAAUGUAAACUGGCUUUGGAGUCAGAACUCACCUGCUUUGCCAAGGACGGCAGUAUUUACUGCAAGGAGGAUUACUACAGAAGGUUCUCCGUGCAGAGAUGUGCCCGCUGCCACCUUGGGAUCUCAGCCUCUGAAAUGGUCAUGAGAGCCAGGGAAUCGGUUUAUCACCUGAGCUGCUUCACCUGCACCACCUGCAACAAGACUCUGACCACAGGCGAUCACUUUGGCAUGAAGGACAACCUGGUUUACUGCAGGGCCCACUUCGAGUCCCUUUUGCAAGGAGAAUACCCCCCUCAGCUGAGCUACACCGAGCUGGCUGCCAAGAGCGGAGGGCUGGCCCUGCCUUACUUCAACGGCACUGGCACGGUCCAGAAGGGGAGGCCCAGGAAACGAAAGAGCCCUGCCUUGGGAGUGGACAUCGUCAGCUACAACUCAGGUUGUAAUGAGAAUGAGGCAGAUCACCUGGACAGAGACCAGCAGCCUUAUCCCCCAUCCCAGAAAACAAAGCGCAUGCGUACCUCCUUUAAACACCACCAGCUUCGUACCAUGAAGUCCUACUUUGCUAUCAACCACAAUCCAGAUGCCAAGGACCUCAAGCAGCUUGCCCAGAAAACAGGCCUAACCAAGAGAGUUCUGCAGGUUUGGUUUCAAAACGCAAGAGCCAAAUUCAGAAGGAACCUUUUGCGGCAGGAGAAUGGGGGUGUCGAUAAAGCUGACGGCACCUCGCUCCCGGCACCGCCCUCAGCAGACAGCGGCGCACUCACUCCACCCGGCACUGCGACCACUUUAACAGACCUGACCAAUCCCACUAUCACUGUAGUGACAUCAGUGACCUCUAACUUGGACAGCCACGAAUCCGGGAGCCCCUCACAAACUACCUUAACGAACCUUUUCUAACAGUUCCUUUUUUUUUUUAAAUUCUUACUCUUCAUUAUUAUUAUUAUUAUUAUAAUUAUUAUAAUUAUUAUUAUUAUUUUAAAGCCUUUUAAAAACAAACAAACAAACAAACAAACCCACAAAAUAUUUGGGAAAAUAAACAGCUUGAUGUGUAGCAUCUGCAGCCACCUGGCAAAUGAGUUUGAAGUAAUAUGUUGCUAUAAUAAAUGAACAUUUAUUGUUGGUAAAUUGUACUCAAAUUCUUUAAAUUUAUCAAAUAACUGAAGAGAAGGUGAUGAAUCAUUCUAAUAAGUGCCUCUUAAAAUUGUAUGUUACUUAUUUCCAGAACCUUGAAAAAAAUUGAUUGUUACCCCCUCAAAAAAACCCCCUCAAUUCCUCCCUGAUAACUAGCUAAAACCAUUUUAAUUAUAGCCAAAAGAAUGCUGCUUCAAGAUUGUAUGUUCACUUAAAGCAUUUAAGAACCCCAAAUUUAAUUUUAUUUUCAUAAUGCAUCCAAAAGUUUUGUACAAUUUAUUUUUUAAACGUGGAAAAAUAAAUACAAAAUGAAUUAAACUCAUCACGAAACAGUCAGACUGGAAGUACCAGUGCUCUUUCCUAAUGCAGUAGUUGCAAGCCAGCUCCUCCCUGAGCACUGGGGAGUCUCACUGGGACAGCUAAACACUCCUCUGCCAGUUCUGCACCCAGCUGGGACGUCCUUGGCCAUCACUGAAAGCCAUGCCUGGAUGGAGGACUUGGAGAGAGACCCAGUGAUGAGAGCACGUGUGGGUGAGGAUGGCAGGACCAGGCCGUUGGUCUCCAAAUUUGUGCCCCGCAUUAAGGAGGCAAGAUCUAGAAAACACCUUCCAGAGUGAGCUCAUUCCCAUAAGGAUGUCAUUAAAGCAACAAUAGCAGAGUAACAAUGCAAGUGGAGAGUCCUACCUCUGAAAUGCUGCCUAGGGAGGGGUUUUAAUUUUUGUCUGUUAAGCAGCUCUGAAUUUUUGGAUUUAGAAAAGGUAAAAAUUGCAGCUGACUACAUGGCUUCAAUGUAGUCUUCAAAUCUUCAAAGCAAACAAAAGAUUGCCCAGUUACUUUAUUGAGCACAAAAUUAAUUUUCAAGAAGGUGUAUGCAUGUGUACUAUUCAAAUGAACUUUUGAUAAAUCCUACUUUUUUUUUUUUUUUUCAGGGAAAAUGGAAAUAAGCAAAAUAUAAUUUAUUAAGAUGUUUAAGGAAAAGCUUUUCAGUACAAUUUAUUCAUUACUUUAUUGAAUUUUCUUUAGACGUUUCCUGAGAUUGUAUCAGAUGCUUUGUUUAACACAGGAACUUAAAAUCUUUAGUUCAUUAAUAUCUCCAGCAUAUACUUUAACUUUUUAAAGUUAAACUUUGUAUAAAACAAAAAAUGUUAGCAAAAAAUCAUACAAAACCAGGAAUUGGCAGUGAGUAAUUUCAAAGCCGAUAAACUCAGAAGCCUUGUGGAUGCUGAUCUAAAUACAUUUCUUAGUUUACAAUAGUGAUCUUUCUUUUUUUUUAGUUUUAUUUAAGCUAAAAGUCUGAAUGGUCUGGGCAGUGGUGAAUGUUCAUUUGUAUCCUUUUAUUGUAGUUGAACACCAAUUAGAUUGUGGAGAGUCUCAGAAACAAAAACGGACAAAAACCAGUCAAGAUCUAUGUCUUGCUUUUAGUGGAUUGUUAAGAAUAACUUUGCACAUAUACCCCACUUUUUAGACACCAUCAAAUCUCUUUUUGGUGGUCAAAGUGGCUAUUUAAUAUAUUUUAAAGGUGUCCUUUUUGGCUGUAUAAAUGUGUGGUUACAUAUUGACAGUUCACUGCCCACAUUAAAGUGCAUUAUUGUAAUUUUUGCUCAGGGUUUUUAGAAAAUUAGCACAGAAAAGUAGCUUAUUUUUAAAAAAGAUGAUGGAAGAGAUGUUAACACUGUAAUAGAAGAAAGGUGUGUUUGCCAUUAUAUAUUUAGCAAGUAUGGUUAUCAUCUUCUAUGGAUAUUGAAUCUUGACUUUUCCUAUUUCUAUUACCUUAUGGGCAUUUACCACUAACCAGACCAAAAGACCUUGGUAAGGCUGAGAUCUUUAUUAAUACACUUUUACAGGUAAAAAUAUUGAUACUUAUAAAUUUUGUUCUUUGACAGAACAAUAUAUGGUACUAGAGAUCUACUUUAUUAAGUAGACUAAUUAAAACUCAGUUCUACUAUGUGCCUUAUGAUAUACCUUGGGAGUAAGUUUGUGAAAAAUCAGGAUAUAUGUGUUGUUUGUUAAAUUAACUGUUUUAAGCCCUUUUGACACCUCAAUAGUUUUGUACUGUUUUACCUCUUAUUUCUGAAACUCUUUUUAUGGUGUAUCCUGUUAGAGGGGACAAACAUGUCAUAGAAAGCAGUUGUGCACUCUUUCAGAUAUAGUUGAUAAAACCAAUAAUCUUAUAUAUUGAGCUUCGUGUUUAUAGUACAGUAAGUGGUCUAGCAAAAUUGUCCAUGUUUCUUUGUUUAUUGAUAAAUGCAUUGUAUAGAAACUAUUUCCCCUAAAUAUUUAUGGACCAAACAAUUGUGAUAUAUCUUAUUAAAUUUGUGUGAAUAAACCAUUUUGAAUCUAAAGAGUUUUAUUUCCCAUCAGUUUUUUUUUUUUUUUUUUUUUUUUUUUUUGCGGGGGUAAUUUUUGUUUCUUUUUUAAAAUUUAAGGUCUACAUGUACCCAUGUGUCUCUUUGCUUUUAUGGUACCUAUGAACAAUUGGUAUUAAACACAGAAACACGGCCUUUUAAAUAUUCUAAAGUACAGUUUCUUCUUAGGUUUUCAGUUUCUUCCUAUUCAAUGUAUAUGCUACUGCUGGUGCAAUUUAGAUUUAGCCUUUUAACUCAUCUUUUGAACAUGCAAAGUAAUGCCCCACUGAUUUGAUACUGAGACCCUGUCAUAGCCCUCUUCUAAAAGAGCCAGAAAACUAGGAGCUAAAGUAAUUGCAUGACAAGUAUAACCUAAAUAGUAUGAUGAAAUGAAUCAAGAUUUAAUGCUAGGUAUAUUGAGCACAAAAUAGAAUUGCAGACCCUGAAAAGCCAGGUUGCUCUGUAGUUUAAUAAAUUGUCACUAUGAUUUCUUUCAGGGAGAACAAAUCAUGGGGCAUUACAGCCAAACAUCCCGACGUUUGAAAAUUCCCUAAAGUAUUAAAAGAAGGGGAAAAGUUUGAUCGGAAAUCCACUGCAGUGAAGACAAAGACAAUAUUAGGUUAUGAUAAUCAUACAUUUAAAAAUCCAUUGAGCCAAAAAAUAAAAAUAAAAGACUUGAUGUAAUUUCCUGAAUGUUAACAAAACAUAUGUUAUUUUAUGGUGUCUAAUUAACAGAACUGAAGGUUUCAACAAAUUGUGUGGUAUCAAACAAAUUUAGAGAACCUAUGUAUAAAACCAGAGCAACCUGGCAGCAAUCUACCCAGCCCAUAUUCAAAUAAAUCUUUUCUUUUUUUAAAAAAAAAAAUCACAUUUGUCAAGCACAAAUACUUGUAAAAUAAAAUCUGAGUGCAUUCAUUCCACUUGCUUGCUAAUGUGUACUAGUCAUAUCUGUUAAAUGGAUUUUUGUAAAUUCAAGGAGAACUUUUCACUCAUCUGAGAUAAUAGGAAUCAGAACCCAGUAACUUUAGUACUAUUAUUUCCCAAUUAAUUUUUUUAAAAUGAGACAACUCUGCAUGCACUUUUCCAUCUGUCACAUAUAGUGUACAUUUCUGUAUGACGAAUUUCUCUUUGAUGUUUCUUGUAUAAUACCUUUCAUUAAUAAACAUUUUAUUUGAUGCAAACAUAGUUAACUUUAUGUAAACACAUAGCUAAUUGUUUCAACUAAUUUAAACUUUUCUUUUGAGAGGAAGCAGUACAGUGCAGUUCCAAUGUUAUAUAUAUAUAUAUCUAAAAUCAAAAAGAAUGAGGUAGCAAUACUAUUGCACAGUGUAAAAUUAUUUCCUUUGGUGUUAAUUUUUUGACUUGUAUAAAAUGGACUUGUUUUAAAAAGAAAUUCCCAUCAGCAUCAAGAAUAAAACAAUCCCCAAACUCUUCAUCAAUAUAAGAAAACAGGAGCAGUACAGUGUGUACUUUAACAGUGACUUUAGAGUACAAGGAUGUAAUUUGUGGGUCCCUGAGCUGUUUACAUAGUCACUAUGCAAUGAGCAAGUUUGCUACAUAAAGUUGAUCCUAAGAUUCCCAGUCCAAAUCACAGAUGAUUAUUACAAGAAAACAAGCAAGUGUAACAAUAACCAACUCUUAGUAAUGAGGUUUUGUAACUGUUAAGCAACUAUUUGCAGAAAGAUUUUUUUAAAAUAUAUUCCUAUUUAGCUGUACAGCCAAAGCAUAUGUUAAACAAAUUAACAUAUAAAAGACUUGCCAGAAAAUCUUUCAUUAAGAUGACAUUUUUAUUAUAUACUAAUGAACCCUAUGUAAACAAUGUAACUUUUAUGAAUGAUGGACAUUAAAUAUUUCACUUACGUGUA